AUGCGGUCUUCAGGCGAAGGCCUACCUAAUUCCCCGAGAUGCGGACCAGUCCUUCAUUCGGCUGUUGGAGACCACAAAGCUCUCUUCGCAAGGGAACAGACGUUUCAAAGUGACAGAACAAAACUUGACACGACUUGGAAAGAUGUAACUCUGUUCAAAAUUGGCGGAGCUGGUAGAGUAUUAUCGGAGACAGAAAAUACUACGAUCGAGUUCAGUGUCGAAAUCGCUUGUGUCCUGUGUUACAUCAAAGGAACAGCCCAAGCCACACUAAAAGUACCAGGAGAUGGAAACGUGAUCGACCGUUUCAUCGACUACAAGAAAUCAAUCGGUGAUACCAUCGAUAAUAUCACAACGGAAGCUUUCGGGCCCCUUCAAAAGCAACUUACCAAAGGUGCUGAAAAGCUCGACAAUGCUAAAGAGGUCCUGGAGGACCAAGUAGAAAAGAUUGCGGAUAAAGUAGGGGACAAGGUUAUCGAGGUUCUUGAGAUAGACUCAGAUGCCAUUAAGAUUGUCGUUGACAAGGUGGUUGGCACGGUAAAGGACUUCAUGACCGAUAUGACUAAAGAGGCCAAAGAAGUAGCGACAAAUCUCGAAAGAUAUUUUGAAGAUAUCACAGACAGUGUCGUGGAGAGAAUCAGAAGGAUCCUCGAGGGAAGCCAACCUCUUUUUGACGCCUUGGACGACUUGCAGGAAAAGAUCACAAAUGUGACUGGUCAAAUAGUUACGUUGUUCAAAGACGGCGCCAAGGAAAUUUCCUCCGCACUCAUGGAAGCAUUUCACCUUGACUCAUUUGAGUUCCCAACCAUUGAUAUCGACUUCAACCUCCCAGAGAUUGAACCUAUUCCAGAUCUAUCUAUGAGCUUUGUGCUGGAGGAUUUCGAAUUAUAUCUGGAACUGGAAGUUACUCUUGCAGCAAGUGCGACAUACACGAUGUCACUAUUCAGAUCAUCCUCUUCGCUGGGAAUCGCCUUGCCGGAGGCCUACGCCGGUGCAGUCGUGGCGAUUGAUCUUGUUCUUACAGCUGAAGUCGAGGUUCAGCUUCAAGGUGGCUUUCAUCUCAAGGUUGACGACAGCAUGGUGGUUGACAUCGGCAUGUUCUCAGCGAACAUCUCGGAACCUGAUUUCCCUGGCGGUCAGUUUGAGUUUCUACCUGUAGCCGUAACUUCCGGCAGUGGAAAGGUCACGGGCGCGCUGCGCAUAGAACUGAAAGCAGGACUGGAGCUACAGAAUCAUACGAUGAGCAUCUUCGGCAAACCCCAGGAAUUCGGUGCUGGCGGUGAAGUGAGCGUCUUCGCCAACGUCGCUCAAUUCGAGGCGGAAAUUAGUGUGGGUGAUGAUAACGGAUGCCAGCUUGGGCUCGGCUUCGAGUUCAACGUUGAAGCUGCCGCUGGGGCAACACUGGCGUUGAAUGACCAUGCAUGGGGGCCAAUGCCUGAGACAUCAUUUUCGAUGUAUGCCACUACAUCUGCUGUAACAGUCACGACGGACGAAGCUCAAGGACGAGGUGCGUUGUUUUUGGAAGGCUCUAUCGUUACAACAACAAUCUCGUCGACGGUCAUCUACUCGGGUGUGUCAUGCAAAUCAACUGGCAUGAUUAAUUGUCCUGCGUCUCUCCAGACUACUGCGACAUCUUCGUCAGUCAUGACUCACGUCACUACGGUACCUUCAGGCGAGACCCCUAAAUUCCCGGCCCAGUCCUCGAGUGUGAAAAAGGUGCAGAGUCCCGUUCCCUUUGGAGCAAAUGCGCAAUAUGCUGCAGCCGCUGGACCAUCUUCAUCGCGAUCUUUCUUCGACCGCGAGACAGGUGGUGUUUCAAACAAGAUCAUUGUGGGGGUGGCUGCGCAGACACAACCAACGUAA